CGGAGUAUUCGGGAAAUCUGGGGCCUUUGGUGUCUGACAGAAUCAGAGGGUGUGAGGAGUUACACCUGGAGUGUCAGCCUGAGCUGCUGUGCUCUCGUUCUGAGGAUGAUGGGAGCCGUGGAUGGUUCUGAACUGAGGAGGGACACGAUCUGAGGGUUUGAAGAGUAUUCCAUAGAUUGCUCAGGGGAGAACAGACUUGGGAUGGGAGAUGAUGAGCACAGAAAGAUUGAGACCUAGUCGGAGGUAACACAGCUGUUAGGUGGCCCUGAGGACUGACGCACAGAGGGCAGAGGUCAUCCCUGGGUCUUUGUGGCAGGGCAGGUAUAGGGGCUAGGCAUGAGCCCUUGGGGCUCCUCCGUGGUUGCUUGUCUCUCACAGCCUCCCUCUUCCCACAGGUUCCCAUGAACUCAGAAGUAAUUAUGGACCCUAUAUAGGUGAGGGGAGGAAGGAUGUUCCUGUGUCAUCAGUCCCACCCCCAGCCACGUGGUUGUCAGGAUUGUAGUGUCAUAGAACGCUUUACUUGUAUUCUCCCAGGUCUUGAGGCUGAGGACCCUGGGGAACCAAGCCCAGGGUUCUAAGUCGAGGCCAGGCAUCAUAUGGAAGGGUUCCCAUUUCUGGUAACCUUUGGAAUGAGGUGUGGAAGGUUGUUCCGGCAGAGGAACCAGUGGGUGCAAAUACUUGAAGGAAUUUGUUUUGGUCACGUGAAGAUUCUGAGAUGUUCCAGAGAACACUGAGUGGAGGUAGCAGGGGCAGGUGAACUUUGAGGAUGUGUUCGUGUACUUCUCCCAGGAGGAGUGGGGACUCCUUGAUGAGACUCAGAAGCUCCUGUACCGCGAUGUGAUGCUGGAGAACUUUGCACUGAUGGCCUCGCUGGGAAAUGCAUCUUCCAUGUCCCGUGAGGUCACCCCACUAGAGCUGGGCAGUGAGCUCUGGGUCCCUGACUGGGUGGAUGGGACUCCAGCCAUGACCAGAGAAGCUCAGCAUGGGUGUGGCCCUGGUUGUUGGCGUGGAAUGGAGGAUGAGGAGAUAGCUUUUAAACAGAACAUUUCUGUAGGAAUGUUGCAGACCAGGACUCCCAAGGAAGGCCAUUCUAUCCAGAAGGCCCACACCUGUGAGACAUGUGGCCUGGUCUUGAAAGACAUUUUGCACUUGGCCGAGCACCAGGAAACACACCCUGGGCAGAAACCUUACAUGUGUGUGGCAUGUGGGAAACAAUUCUGGUUGAGUACAAACCUUCACUACCAGAAGCAGCACAGUGGAGAGAAACCCUUCAGAGGGGACAAGGGUAGGACCUUUCUUGUGAACAGCUUCCCUGUCCAGCCAGUGAAGAUGUCUUUUAUGACAGGGGAGGGUUGUAAGGACUUCCCAACUAGCUCAAACAUCUUCCAGCACCAUGCCCCUCACAGUAAAUGGAAGCCACGCAGUAACACCAAGUGUGCAGAGGCCUUUCACGGUGGACAAAGGCAUUACAAAUGUAACGAAUGUGGGAAAGUCUUCAGCCGCAAAGACUCACUUGUUCAGCACCAGAGAGUCCACACUGGAGAAAGGCCUUAUGAAUGCAGUGAAUGUGGGAAAGCCUUCAGCCGCAAACCCAUACUUGCUCAGCACCAGAGAAUCCACACUGGAGAAAUGCCUUAUGAGUGUGGCAUCUGUGGGAAAGUUUUUAAUCAUAGCUCCAACCUUAUUGUACACCAGAGAGUCCACACUGGAGCAAGGCCUUACAAGUGCAGUGAAUGUGGGAAAGCCUACAGUCACAAAUCCACACUUGUUCAGCAUGAGAGUAUCCACACUGGAGAAAGGCCUUAUGAAUGCAGCGAAUGUGGGAAAUACUUUGGUCACAAAUACAGACUCAUUAAACAUUGGAGCGUUCACACGGGGGCAAGGCCUUAUGAGUGCAUCGCAUGUGGGAAGUUCUUUAGCCAGAGUUCCGACCUUAUUGCACACCAAAGAGUUCACAAUGGUGAAAAGCCCUAUGUGUGCAGCGAGUGUGGAAAAGCCUUUAGCCACAAACAUGUGCUUGUUCAGCACCAUAGAAUUCACACUGGAGAAAGGCCUUAUAAAUGCAGUGAAUGUGGGAAGGCUUUCAGGCAAAGGGCUUCCCUCAUCAGACAUUGGAAAGUUCACACUGGAGAAAGGCCUUAGAAUAGCAGGAAAUAUGUCAUCUCCUUGUUCAACAUAGUGACUGACGCCAGAGAGAAGCUUUCAGAGGAGCCUUCAUGGGUAGGCGUCAGCUGGAAGUUGAACCUCAUACGUUUAAACACCCGCGCUGGGAAGAUUCUUCUGAGUGCCAGCUAUGUGGGAACGUUUCUGGAGCGAUGGUGCACUUUGUAACGUGCCCAGGACCCUUUCCAGAAUUAUAUCACUGCCAGCAUCUCUGAAAGAUGCCGUCUAUUUGCACAAUGGCAGGUUGUUAUCCCACAUUGUGUGUAAGUCACCCCAACAUGCUUUGAUAGGCAGACCUCUGCUCCUCCUCCAUUCCCAGAGGGAAUCAUCAGUAGCCUGAGAAGAUCUUCACUCCUUCCUGCUCCCCCAACGUGUUUAAGCACGGACAUGACCCAGUUUGGGCCAGGAGGAUGCAAGCUUUGUUUUGCUGGCUGCUUGCGGAGAGGGUUUCCAUUUUUCAUGGACUGUUGGUCUCAUGUGGCACUUGUGAUGGAUUUGUCCAGGCUCCAAGUCACCUAAGUUGGGAGUUGCCUGCCUCCUAUUGCUCUGCUUUUGCAACAGAUGCCUUAGUUUUUAAACUGUCUUUAACCUUGAGGGUUCUGUUCACUUGUUGGAUUGGGUUGAGAACAGAAUUGGGCUCUGCCAGCAUGAAGGGAUGAACAGCUUUUGUGAGAGCUCCAGCUCUUGGGUCUCAGAGGCGCAGAGAACAGCUCUCAUUCUAGUUUCAGUCAACUUGCAUUGCUGUUCAAGAGCUGUGGGCUGUGACCUGUAUGCCGAGAUUAUUUGUGUGACCAAGGUCACCCUGAGCAGUGGGCAUUGUGACACCUCUGGUGUAUCCAAAAGCAGCAUGAAUUGGGUCCUUUGUUCCCAGGGGAUGUUUCAUAUUCUCCAGCUCUCUUGAGGAGAACUUGAUCCCCUGGGGCCUGCCAACAUCCCUGAAAUCUGUUAUUCGGCAGGAAGAUGUCAGUGUCCCCUUAAAGGACCAGGUAGGAGUCAUAAUUGGUACAGACACUGAUUAGUAGGAAUUUGGGAGCCUGCAGCCAACUGUAGGGAAUGUGGCUCUUCUAAAGGUGGAUCCGCAAACGUUUCCGUCACGAUGGCUUUGGUGUGAGGGGGUUGCAGAAAUUCUCGGGACUCCCAUAUUUGUGUCUCUUUUAUAGCUACAGUCACUGUCAGAGCAAUCAAUCUAAACAUUUUCUUCAAUAAAUAGCAUAUAUUUACAGUGUACAGUUUGAUAAGUUUCAAUACGUUUGCACCUGUGAAACCAAGUUUUCUGAUUCCCUUUAUGAUCCCUUGCCCUCUCACUUAUUCCCGGGCAACUGCUCAUCUUGCUUCUAGUUGCUGUAGGUUUGUUUGCAUUUCCCAGAAUUUUAUUUAUAAACAUGUAGGAUAAUUUAAUCUGUACUCAUGCAUCUGGUUUCUUUAACUCUACUUAAUUAUUUUGUGAUUCAUCAGUGUUCUGUGUAUCAGUAGUUCAUUCCUUUUCAUCCAUACUUUUCUGAAAGUAUUUCAUUUUGAGAAAUAGUUCGAAAGCAAUUGAUCCAGGAGAGAACUCGCACAAGAAGCCACAGUAUCUGUUAUAACUUUAACCUGGUGCUAUCAUUUUUUACUUAUUCUGUGGGUAACAGACUCAUCCUGGUACACGGUGGAAGGGGCCUCCAUAACAGUGAGAGUAGAAGGAGGUAGUGAUUUGUGGGAUGGGUUCUUGGACACUGGUGACCACAAUCAUAGUCAUUUUUCUUUUUCUUUACCUUUUUAGUCUAAUGAUGAAUUUCAUUGACUGAUUUUCAAAAGUUAAAACAAUCUUGCAAUUCUGAGGUAAACCCUAUUUAGUCAUGAUAUAUUGUUCUUUUUAUGUAUUGUUGGAUUUUUAGUUGCUGGUUUUUUUCUUUUUAGAGAUUUUUGCAUCUCUGCUCAUAGUGGAUGUUAGUCUAAUUUUUUUUAAUGCCUGGGAUUGGUUGGCAUCAGCAUAAUGCUGGCUUUACAGAAUUAGUUAGUUGAGUGCUCCCUGCUCUCUAAUUUUCUGGAAGAUUUUGUGAAGAGUUGAUAUUAUGUCUUCCUUAGUUGUUUGGUUGAAUUCACCAGUGAAGUGUCAGGACCUAGAGUUUAUUUUACAGGAGUGUUUCUAACUAAAAAUUUCAAUUUUCACAGGGGAUAUAGGUCUAUGAAGUUAACCUUUUUUUCUUCCUAGAGUGAGCUUUGGUGGUUUGUGUCUUUCAAGGAUUUUGUUCAUUUUAUUUAAGUAGUCACAUUUUUCCUACUGUUCACUUACUAUUUUAGUACCUGUAGAAUCUGUAAUUAUACCACCUUUCUUAUGCCCGAUACUGGUAAUGUCUAUAUUUCUCUUUUUUCUUUUAUCAGAAGUUUAUCAAUUUUAUUGAUCUUCUUAAAGCACUUAGUUUCAUUGAUUUUUCUAUUUUUCUGUUUUCUAUUUCACUUUUUUUUUCCAUUUUGACUUUUACCAUUGCUUUUUGCUUUUAUUGAAUUUCAUUUCUCUUGCUAUUUUUUAACAUGGAGGCUGAGAUCCUUCAUUUGAAACCUUUUUUUUUUCCUAAUAUAGGUGCUUAAUACUAAAAGUCAUCCUGUAAGAACUGCUUUAGUUGCCUCCCACAAAACUUGAUAGGUUUUUUCAUUUUAAUCAAGUUUAAAAUAUUUUCGUUUCUUUUUAAAUUUCUUCUUUGACAUGUAGCUCUUUUUAGAAAUGUGUUAUUUCAAAUAUUUGGGAUUUUCCUUAUCUUUCUGAUAAUUGAUUUCUAAUUUAAUUCUAUUGCAGUCAAGUGCAUGCUUUAUGACUUGAAUUCUUUACAUUUAUUGAGACUUGCUUUAUGGCCCAGAAUAAGGGCUAUCUUGUGUUUCAUGUUAAUUUGAAGUGACUGUAUAUUUUGUUUGGUGGAGUGUUCUAUAAAAUGUCAACUAGGUUAAGAUGGUAGAUAAUGUCUAAAUUUUCUGUUUCCUCAGUGAUUUUUGGGGAAGGGUUCUAUCAAUUAUUUGAAGAAGAUUAUUGACAUCUCUGAGUAUAAUAGUAGAUUUGCCUAUUUCUCUGUGUAGUUCUGUCAGUUUUUGCUUUAUUUUGAAGUCUUUUUAUUGGUUGAAUAAACAUUUCCUGCUCUUAUGUCCACUUAAUGAGUAGACCUCUUUACCAUUAAGAAGUGGCCCUCUUUAUCUAUAGUAAUAUUCUUUGGUCUAAAAUCUAUCUUGUCUGAGACUGUUGUCUUUUAGUGCUGUUGUAGUGAUACUGUUCACAUAGUGUAAUUUUGAUUGAACGCUCAAUUUUGCCUUAAUUCUAAAUAUUUUUAGGUGGAAUUAUCAAAGCAUCGAUUUUAAGGCUAAUUUCCCUCCCACUGCUGAGGCACAACCAUUCUAUAUUCUCUACCUGAUGAUUCAUGAGGUUUCCCACUUAAACUGGUUGGGACAAGCACUAUUCCAUGUUCUGCAUUACCCUUGGAAAUUGUUCCAUCUAAUCCUUUUCGGUGUGUCUUUGCCCAGCCUCUGGUGGUUUCAUAUGUGCAUGUACAGAUUACUGCUCAGCUGAAUACUUGAGGAUGACCCUCUGUAUGUCUCCAAAGUUUUCUGUCUCCUGUACUGUGCUCUAUGAACUCCAGCCACCUUGGCAGGCCCAGACUCCAAGCUCAAUCUCCUUAACUCAGGGACAGUCAUGUGGUUCACAUCACUUGUUUGCCCUCUCUGAUAGCUCACUGUUUGCUUGAUGUCCAGUGUGUUGAGAGUCAGUUUCAUAUACUUUGUUGAUUAUUUUUUCAAGAAAAUCUAUCAGCUCCCUAAAGAAGACACCCUGAAUAAAUUAGUAAAAUUGAUAACAGGGCCUGGCCCCAUGGCCAAGUGGUUAAGUGCGUACACU